UGACGCAGCAGAUAGUCGUUGUUAAUUGUCUCAUUGCAAACAAACACACAUAUUUUAUUUUAUAUAGUUAUUAAACAAAUAAGAAAAUUAUAAAUGAAUUUCACUUACACUGUUAACAUUGUAUUGAUAUGUCUUGUGCACUCAACAGUUGCUAAUAGAAUGGCGGCAUUAAAAACAAAAUUAAAAUUUCCCUACGAAAUUUCUCUACUCGAUGAGAAAACCAACAAGGAACUAUUAAAAUAUUUUCAUGGCGAAAAGAAUGGUUUUGUACAAGUUGGUCCUGAGAAGUAUUUCUUCCCACUUAAAUAUAAGCAAGAAGCUGAAUCUUAUUAUAAUUUCCAAGCACGCCCCAAUGAUAUUUGGGUAGUUACUUUUCCUCGUUCCGGUACUACUUGGACUCAGGAAUUGGUUUGGUUGUUGGCAAAUAAUUUGGAUUUUGCAAAGGCAAAAAGUCUUCCGUUAACACAAAGAUUUCCGUUUUUUGAAUUCCAUUUGUUUAUGCAUCCCGCUAUUAAGGAAGAACUUUUAAAGGAAAAUGCUUACAGUAAAGAAAAUCAAGAAUUUAUAGAAACCAUAUCAGUACCGGGUUAUAAGCUUUUUUCGGACAUGCCAAAUACACAAAGACGUUUUAUUAAAUCACAUUUUCCUUUCUCUUUAUUGUCGCCCAGUAUCGAGGAACAAAAAAGUAAGAUCAUUUAUGUAGCCCGACGACCCAAAGAUGUGGCAGUUUCUUUUUAUCAUCUCAAUCGUUUAUUUCGUACUCAGGGUUAUGUAGGUGAUUUCGAACGUUAUUGGGGAUAUUUUGAAAAGAGUCUAAAUCCCUGGAUGCCCUACUACAGCCACCUAAAAGAAGCGCAACAACACAAAAACGACACUAAUGUUUUGUAUCUUCAAUACGAGGAUAUGGUGGAAAAUCUUGAAGAUUCUAUUAAAAGAAUUGCUAACUUUUUGGAAUGCCCUCUUGACGAGUCUAAAAUGCCCCUGUUGUUGGAUCAUUUAAAUAUUUCAAAUUUCCGUAAUAAUACUGCUGUAAAUAGUCAAGAAUUAAGUGAUGUGGGAGUACUGAAUAAAUCACAAGAUGGUUUUGUAAGAAAAGGUGUAGUGGGCGGUUCGGAUAAUGAAUUUCGGAAGGUGCCAGGUCUAUUGGAGAAAGCCGAAAAAUGGAUAGCAGAAAAUGAAAGUAAAUUAUUGCAGGAGAUGAAGAAAUGAAACAAUAUAAAAAAUAACGAAUAAUUUAAAUAAUUUUAAUAAAAUGGUGAAUGAUGCAAUAAAAUAUAAAAUGUAAAUGCU